AUGAGAAGUCGUGGAGGGGCUUGCGUCCAAGGAGACCUCAUUGUGGGAUCUGGCAAGUUUUUCCAUCCUAACAAUAAAAGACAAGAGGGAGGAGAGUUUUCAGUGACAUCACAGGGAUUAAGAGAAGAAAAGGAACCAGUUUAUUCAAUCGGCUUUAAAUCCGGACUUUGCACAGGGCAACUUGCCCAAGCUGACAUUAUUCCCAUCCUUUAUAGAGAAUAUUCCCAUUUUAGUGAACUUUUUAGAAACAUAGAUGCAUAUAAAGUGUCCAGUAACUGGUGUCACAAUUUAGUAGACUCCUAG